UAGUGCUCCGUACACAGUGCUGCAUUAUCCACACUAUCAGACCAAGUCGACCGGCUGAGCCAAGACAAGUCAUAGCAUAGCUGCGGUAUGAAUGGCCCGGGUUUGUCAAGUGCCGCACAACCAGGCCCGGCCCGUCCGGCAUCCCUCCGCGAGCCAACCCUCAGCGACCUUACAUAUAAACCUUUGAUCCGCCUCGUGUUUCUGUGCAAUAAUGCGCAAGCCGUCAAAACGCAGCAGCCCGUCUCCCAUCGACACUCGGUGAGCAAACUCUCGCCUCUUUCUGUAGGUGCCCGCACACUCUCUCGGUGUACCUGUCCCUCUCCUCUCACCGUCAUCCCCUUUCUUCCAUCGCAUCGCAAUUUGCUGGCGUGCACUCCGUUUCCUCCUGUUACAUUGUUUCGCUUAUGACCCUCCUCCCCGCUGAUUUGUCGUGUCCCGCAUCGUGAACUGGUCCAUGUGGCGGUUUGUCGGGACUGAACAACAAUGAUCAAUCUCUUCGGCUAGACUAUAGCAUCCUCACCCGCCCCCCCGCACCCAAUUUAGCUGUUGCUUUAUGUCAUUCCCUUCAAACCAUCACACCAGUUCGUCUCUUUCUCUGAACCUCACCUGCUCUUGACCGCCUUUUCGUAACCAAGACUACCCUGGCAUUUUAAAAUGGUUUCCAUUAUCGUUAUCAUCGUCAUCGUCAUCGUCAUCGUCAUUAUGGCCGUUGCUGUUGCCGCCGUCAUCCACAUUCACCGCCCUCCAUUCACUUCGUAUACAGUCUCAGUUCCUGCACCUCCGCUGUGAGUACAGCAUCUUCUCAAACUCUGCGCCUAUGCCGUUGGUUCCAAGUCACCCAUUGCCUCCCUACUACCACUGAGGACUACCAGAGAUGUUACUGGUCAACCAAACCCGAUCAUAUUGUUGUUCGAGGUUGCCAGUUGGUCUCGAACAAUUGGCUGACAAAAAAGUAAUCAUGCUCGUACACGGCCUUGUUCCGGAUCUCCUCCCAUUGCAACGCUGAAACCACAGAGUUCAAGUUAGCGUCAAGUUAGAGAGCCAUGGUCCCAGCCUGUAUGGUUCUUAUCCCCGAGGGUCGACUUACCAUGCCGUCUAGCCAGGUUGCUAGUAUGAUGGACAAACUUGAUCUUUUCUUCAUCCAAGCCUGCCAGUGUUCGCAAGUCUUGGUCUUUGCAAUCUUCCGAGAAAGGGUAGAUGCCCUUGUUACAGUAAUGGAAGUGUGCGAGCAAGAUGUUUGCGCCUGUUCGAUCCCCAGUCAGCAAGCGCUUCUGUGCAGGAUGGACCGGGGUAGUUGUGUGACUCACCUAGGUGGUAUUCUUUGACCUUCUCCUCACGCGCAAAGCGUCGCUGCAAGUACAUCGAUAAUCAGCAAACUUCGUGGGCCACUGUCGACUUGCGGGGCUCUCUUACCUUCAUGCCGUGCUUUUUCGCGUAUCCAGCGUCAUGAGCAGUGAUGAGAGCUGUGUUAUGCAAAAGAAUGAAAAUCACAAGAUACGUCACUAGCCAAGUGCUCUGCUUGUUCUUUGACAUCAUCUUCUGGAGUUUGUCCAGAAGCUCCCUUCGCAGCUUGGUUUGUAUGUGGUGAAUCAGGAUAAGAUCCAUCUGAGCGCCAAGUACAGGCGGAAGAGGGAUCUUGCCAUGGUUCGGGUUUGUUUCGUCCAGGAUACUUUGCUUCAUCCCCAAGGUCUCUUCUCCAACAAUGAAGCUCGACCGCGUUGUCAGACGAAUCGACAUCCACAACAAGAGUGUAUGAUGAAUAAGUUCCACGCACUCUGGCGUAGUGGACGGGUCUUUGAAGAUUUUCCAAGCACGUAAGUACGUUCGGAAUAGCAGGCCUUCAGGUGGGCCCAGCAACUUGGUAAAAGCAUCCUGCAUGCUAUUCUCAAUAUGGUCCAGGUACUCUUUCUUCGCCUCCUCGAGGUUGACCAUCGCAUACGGAGGAAUCUUUACUGAUUUCUUGACACCGUUGUAAUCCCAAGUACGUUCCAGCUUGUCACCAGCUUGAGGAAUGAAUCGUUGAACCUUCACCUUAACAAACUUAUUCGAUAGCCCCUCGGACAGAUAGAUGGUCCUGGGCUCUUCAGUCGUAGCCCAGCUCUGUAUCGGAUCCGAGAUGUUGUUGGUCCAUCGCCGUGUCCAUUCAUAACCGGGUACUUGGCCCGGUUUGAAAAGUCGGAUAUCUGUUAUCUUAUAUCUGAGGCAAGGAAAGCGCCCCGCUCUCGAAUUGGAGACUUUUUUGCAUGUCAAACAGGCCCCUCCCUCUUCAUCGGGGUUGUUUUCACACUGCAACACUGGUUAGUCGUCUUUGCGCACCAGCCGAAAAGCCCAUUACAAGUAAGACAUCAUCUUAUGUAAGAGAACCGGACAGUGUUACUUACACGAAUUCUUUGCAUUCUGCACCUGAUACAGGAACCGAUCUUCCGGGUUUGGGCAGUUUGUUCACGGAGAUUUGGGUCCUUGAACGGACCUCUCUUUCCCCCUCUUUGGUUAGUGAGCACGAUUUCAUAAUUGGCUUGUUGAUCCAUUAGAGACCACCCGUUCUGCACUGUAUCUUCGCCAAGUUGAGUAUUGAUUAGCAUACCAUAUUGGGGAACGCUGUCGGGUGGAGCCAAGCUCUGGUGAGUAAUGGCAUUUGCAUCGAUAAGGCUAGGAUCGGAAGUGUAGCCGACUUGUGGAAAUGCCUUGGUGUCAAGCUGUUGACCGGGCAUUAGUGCCUGGUUCUCCAGCUGUGGCUCCUCUUUGAAAGCUUGGGCGACGUAAAAGUCUCCAGCUGAUAGAUGAGGUUGAUGAGUUGGCCCAGGACCACUCAUCACAGGCUCCGCUAACGCCGUUUGACCAGAGAUGAGAGGAAAGUUGACAAGGGGCGCAACAUUCAAAUUAGGUUGUUGAAAGCUGUAAUCUGGCUGUUGAACAGAGCUCAGAGUUGCGUCAUCAUACGGUUCAGAUGAUGGCAUUGUCAUAGACGGUUGUUUUUCUGCCAUGUAAGGAGCAUCUGGACCAGAAACUGCCGGUGCAGAGCUUGGGAGCUGUUGAUAGCCUUUCAGGGUGAUGUCAGCGAUGAUCCCAGAUGUACGCCGGGCGAUCGGACAACGUUAGAAGAGUCAGGUGCUUACCAUCCUGAUGUCUUGGGUCCCAGCCACAACAUGGGCAGAAGAACAAGGUCAGAUCCGCCAUACGCCUGGUCAAUGGGGAAGUAGAAGACGGCAUUGAGUUCUGGCCACAGUCGUCCCAGCUUGAAGAUGCCCCAUAGUGCUCAUCACGUUGACCAUAAGUUCCUGAUAAUGGGAGUUUCAUUAGAGGUCCCUGGGACGAAGUCGGUCCUUGCUCGGGUGUCAUUGGAAUUGAUGGCGCAAGCCUUCUCCUCUUCCUGCAAUGCUGUUGUUCAAUCAGUUGAUGUAAUUGAGUACCAGAGGCUAGUCCAUAGAACUGUGCCAGUUGAUCAAGAUUGUCUUGGAUCUCAAAUGGUAUAAAGGUGAAGUCGUCAUCCACGAUGGGGGUGAAAGAUAUUGACGAAGGGCCCGGAUCUUCAACUCCCGGUUGGAGGAGAGGCCUCUUAACUUUGGAAGGAUAAUGUGGAUUCUAUAGAAAAAAAAUCAAUUCACCGCACAUUUGGGUCUCAUAGGGAGGGGCCUAGGGCAAGAUCAGGGAGAAGAUGCUUGUCUGAGAGUCAUGGCACGAGAGCCACGACGGGGCUGCGAGAAGAGAAAACGGUGGUGAUUGGCAACAUCCGCAGGGGUUAUGCAAAUAGAACAAUGGAACGGGGGAUCGAUGAUAUAACUCCAUGCAGCUUGCCGCCAACCGGGGAGAGAAACUCUUACCAUAAUGGCUGCAGUGAGACAGGGCAGGGUGUGGAACAAACACUGCCUAGCAGUAGGAGUAAGAACAGAAAGACGAAGGUCAAGGUACCACCACGCGGAAUCAAACUCGACGAAAUACAGUCAAUGACAAAAGAAGAGCUAGCUGCCCGGCUUGUCUUUCAGAAGCGGUGGUCAAAAAUUGAGCGACGCCGGGGUGAGAAGAGGGGGAGUGUGGUGGGAGGCUAAUGUGCCACGAAAGCCAUCACCAGGCACUUGACGUUGAAACCCCCCGUAGUGCGCCGAGUGGAGCAACAGCGAGGGCCGAAGUCAAAACGACGGCUGAGAGAAGGAUACCAGACGGUCGGGAAUGGAAAAUGCUGUGAUGAGAGAGGCGAAGAAUCCGGGGAAGCUAGGCGGAAAGGCGAUAAGUAGGUCGAUGAGAUGUGUGCUGCUCGCAGCCGUCAAACUGAGAACCUCGAGCCUGAGCAAGAUUAGGACCGGACGUGGAGCCUUGUCCACCCCGUCCACUGCUUUAGCAACAAGGCGGGCUGAGCUGUCGUGGUACUGGCGACAGAACGUGGAGUGAGUAGCCGGUGGUGCUGGUACUGGUGUUUGCACGGUUGAGCGAAAUCAGCGCAAUAUGCCUGCGGCCGCGAUCGUAUGGAUGACGGCUGAUGCGGGCUGCGGGCUGAGCAAGUAUGCGGCUGGCGGUGUGGUGGUUGUAGUGACUGGGCGUUGAGCGCUUCAAGCAACGGCUUGACGGUCUGCUGGGAACGGUGAUGAUGAACGAGUCUGUGAGAGAGGAAAGUGGACUCGGUGAGGACGGCGUUGACAUGGCCUCGUGCUGAGUAGUUUUUGACCGGUCUGAGGGGUACCAUGGGAGUGGCAGGGGGCCUUCUGAUUGUAGUGCUCAGGCUUGUCAGGUAAAGGACUUUGGGAUAUUACCCGCUCUGCCGGUUCAGUGCACCUGAGCUUCUCGAUCUUAUGUUAUGUGACGUACUGGAAUCCGUUAUUAGAAGCCAUUUGGUGGGGUGAUUAGGCAAAAAGAACCAGUAUAAAAGCUUCCUUCAUGGCUUAGGAACUUGCCUGCUGAAAAACGAGGGUGAUUUGAAUCGCGCGUAGUCGUAGACAACAAUGCAGCUCAUCAACCCUUUGGCAAUCGAAUCUUCGGAUCGGGUCAUUGUUCCAUAGCCACGG